AUGAAGUUCCUCGUGGUUCUCGUCCUCGCUGUCCUCACCGGUUGCAAUGGCCGCCUCCUGCAGAUGCACCAGCCCAGGCACCAGGUCGACAUGGUGAAAGAUGCUUUCUGGGACUACGUCGCCAAGGCAACCGUCACCACCGAGGGCUCGCUGAAGCACAUCCGCCAGUCUGAGCUGGGACAGGAACUGAACAUCCUCAUCUCUGAGAGCACCGAGGCCAUCAGCACGUUCGCCGACGCCAUGCGUACUCAGGUGGCUCCUCUGACCCAGGAACUCAUGGCCAAAGUUACCCAGGAGGCCGAGCUGCUGAAGGCUCGUCUCGAGAAAGAUCUGGCCGCUGUGAGCACCAACCUGCAGCCCUACACCGAGGACCUGGCGUCCGGCCUCCAGAGGCACGUGGAGGAGCUGAAGAACGGAGUGGCCCCCUACGCUGAGUCCAUGGACCCCGAGUCCCUGAAGGCCGUGAUGCUGCAGAAGAGCCAGGAGCUGAAGGAGCAGCUGGACACAGGCGUGAAGCAGCUGCAGGCCCAGAUGGUUCCCAUCACCGAGGAGAUAAAGCAGAAGAUGGAGCAGAGUCUGGAGGAGUUUCAGAGGAGCAUGAUGCCCGUGGCCCAGAGCUUCCAGACACGGCUGACCCAGAAAACCCAGGAGAUCCAGGAGAACCUGGCUCCAUACGGAGAGGAGUUCAAGGUCAUGCUGGACAAAGACGCACGGCAGCUGAAGAAGCAGCUGUCUGCUCUCUGGAGGUCCUUCACCAAGCUGACCCAGUAAAACAUCUCUCACCAGUUUGAAAUGAUCUUCUCCUGCCUCGUCGUCACUGAUCUCUGCUGCGGCAGCAGUCACGUUUCAAAAUAAAGAAAAAGUGCAGUACCUCGUU